UGUAAGAUUCAAUGGAAUAAGGAAUAAAGAGUAAGAAAAUGUCUUAUUACAUUUGAGAUUUUUUUGUUUUGAUGCUUAAUUCUGAAGAAUAUCACACCAGCAGCUGACACGACACCUUACAGAGAGAGAGAAAGUGUGUUGGGGGUUUCAUUUUUCUGAGAGGAAGUGCGCAGAUCAGCCAGUUCGUCCAUCAGUUAGCGGUGGGACAGGAUGCAGUUAACACCGUUCUGCUUGGUGCUGUCAGCAUGCCUGCAUGUCACCCCCGACAGGUCUCAGUUCUCCAAGUACGAUUCAGUCUCUCUGAGCUGCAAGGAUAAACUUAACUCCACCGGAUGGAAGGUGAAGAGGAAAACGUUGGAGGGUGGGGUCAGACCCUGUUCCUCUAGCUGGGGCUUCAUUUCCUCAGACUCAACCUGCAUCAUCAGGAACAUCUACCCAUCUGACACCGGGGUUUACUGGUGCGAGUCUCCAGAUGGGGAGCAGAGCAACGGCAUCAACAUCACCGUCACUGAUCGCUCGGUGGUCCUGGAGAGUCCUGCGCUGCCAGUGUUGGAGGGAGCUGCUAUGAUUCUGCACUGCAAGGAUUCAAACAACAUCACCAACCAGAAGUUUAGUUUCUAUAAAGAUGGCCGUCCCGUUGGAAGCAGCUCCACAGGAGAGAUGACUAUCCAGCAUGUUUCCAAGUCUGAUGAAGGACUCUACAAGUGCAGCAUCGCUCCGGGUGAAGAAACAAUUGGCAGCUGGGUGGCUGUUGAAGCUUCUCCUCCAUCUCCAUCUCCGGCUCCAGCUUCUUGUUCAGUUUCUGUCUCCAGAGUCAUGUGUCACCUGGUGGUGGGAAUACCUUACUUGCUGUCCACCAUCUUACUGGGACUCAUUUUCAGAGAUAGGAACAGAGCUCACCUGCAAACAGAGAGAAGAGGAAGUAAUGAUGUCAUUAUGGAAAUAAUGGUGUAGUGCUGCAAACUGGUAAAGCACCUCUGCAUCAUGUAACACUGCA